UGGUAGUUUUCCAUUUCUUCACCCGUGUUACGAGUCUGGCCACGAAUCUGAGUCACAUUCUCCUUUGAAAUGAGUGACUCCGCAAAACCAAAGAAGUCUCGAAAGCUAACAAGUGACGACUGGAAGCUUUUUGAUGAUGCUUUUCCAGGAUUUGUUAACGAUUUAGUACAAAAGGAGGAGAAUGACUUGGCGAUUGGUGAUUCCAUAAAAUGGCUUCGUGAGGUUUUAGAAUACAACGUUCCUGGAGGGAAGAGAAAUCGUGGACUGUCGGUUAUUGGCUCCCUGCGGCAUCUUAUCAGAGAAGAACAUUUCACAGAUGAACAUUUGAGAGUAGCUCUUCUUUUGGGCUGGUGUGUUGAGUGGUUUCAGGCAUUUUUCCUUGUGGCGGAUGAUAUCAUGGACCAAUCAAUGACAAGACGAGGGCAGCCCUGCUGGUACAGACAGCCUGAAGUUGGGAAUAUAGCUAUUAAUGAUGGCAUCAUGAUUGAGCAGACAGUCUUCAGACUUUUAAAGAAACACAUCAAGCAUCAAAGUUAUUAUGUGGAUGUUGUGGAGCUAUUUCAUGAGGUGGCUUACCUGACUUCACUGGGACAGUCACUCGAUCUGAGAACAAAACCUGGUGAAAAUUUUGAAGGGUUUACAUUAGAUAGGUACCGUACAAUUGUCAAACACAAGACUGCUUUCUAUUCUUUUUACCUCCCUGUGGCACUUGCCAUGUUCGUGGCUGGUAUCAAAGAUGAGGCAUCCCAUGCUAAUGCAAAGAUAAUUUUACUGGAAAUGGGCGAGUUCUUCCAGAUACAAGAUGACUACAUCGACGUGUUUGGGGAUGCGUCUGUGACAGGGAAGGUGGGAACUGAUAUUGAAGAAGGGAAGUGCACAUGGCUGGUGGUGCAAGCCCUCAAAAGAGCUAAUGCACAACAACUGACUAUAAUAAAAGAAAAUCUCGGAAUAAAUGACAUAGAGGCAUCAGCUAAAGUCAAGCGAGUCUACCGCGAGUUGAAUCUAGAACAAGUUUUCCAUGAAUACGAAGAAGCAAGCUACCAAAGAAUUAUAGACCUCAUCUCUAAACACUCAGGGGACCUGCCUGACGAAGUGUUCUUGGAUUUUGUUAGAAAAAUUUAUAAACGAAAAAAGUAAUAAUUGAAAUUCACUAUUAUCUAGAGUGCAAAAAUUGAAUUCGGAAUUUUGACUUUUUUUCAGAGAAACAAAUAUAAAACAAGUUUCAAACCUUA